CAUUUUCGGCUGGAGGGAAAGUUGUCACGGUUUUCGCACGUGGCCGGACUGAGCAGGGCACGUCAGUUGAAGUGAGAGGGAGCACACAAUCGUCAUGGACCCUCCCACGACGAAUUUUGUCCUCUUUGCAAGGAUCGUGCCAUGAUUAUUCCAACCAGAGAAUGACUGUGUGUGUGUGCAUUCAAAUGGCGAAAGGGAUGUGGAGGUCAAUGCGUUACAUGAUAUAAGCUUUGCAGCUAGCUGCAGUAACAAUAACUGAAGCUCCGGUCUGGUCCCUUCACAGACUGAAGAAAAAUCGACUUGAUGGAUUCGUUGCUCCUUGGGUCUUUUCCUAAAGCUUCUGUGAUGACCUCAGGUAGAAAUAGCUGGAGGAGUAGAAGUUACACCAAGGGCUGCUAUGCAAGUUCUUAUCUUAGAACAGCUUCAUGGCAAAAUGCUUGGAAGGUCCAAAAUGAUAUUCAGAUCACAAGGUUCUUUCAGAAUAAUAACAAAGGCAUGGGAAGAGGAUAUACAUGUCCAAAAAGUGCCAGAAAAUAUAUCGUGAAUGCAGCCUCUGAACAAUCUUUUGAAUCUGAACCGGGAGCUUAUGAUCCAAAAAACAUUUGGCACUCUGUCACAAGAGCCUUAGAUGCUUUUUACAGGUUCUCCCGGCCACACACAGUUAUUGGCACAGCAUUAAGCAUACUCUCUGUAUCCCUCCUUGCAGUCGAGAAGUUAUCAGAUUUAUCUCCACUGUUUUUCACUGGUGUAUUGCAGGCUGUGGUGGCUGCCCUCUUUAUGAAUAUUUACAUUGUUGGGUUAAAUCAGUUAUCUGAUGUUGAAAUAGACAAGAUUAACAAGCCAUAUCUUCCAUUAGCGUCUGGGGAGUAUUCCUUUGUGACUGGUGUUGCGAUUGUUGCAUCUUUUUCAGUUCUGAGUUUCUGGCUUGGGUGGAUUGUAGGUUCAUGGCCUUUGUUCUGGGCUCUUUUCAUCAGUUUUGUUUUAGGGACUGCUUAUUCAAUCAAUUUGCCUAUGUUGAGAUGGAAGAGGUUUGCGGUGAUUGCAGCAAUGUGCAUCCUGGCUGUUCGGGCAGUAAUUGUUCAACUUGCAUUUUUCCUCCACAUACAGACUCAUGUCUUCAAGAGGCCAGCUCUAUUUUCAAGACCACUGGUUUUUGCAACUGGAUUCAUGAGUUUCUUCUCUGUAGUUAUAGCGUUAUUCAAGGAUAUACCAGACAUUGAAGGAGAUAAAGUAUUUGGCAUCCAAUCGUUUUCAGUACGUUUGGGUCAAAAGCGGGUAUUCUGGAUUUGUGUCUCACUUCUUGAAAUGGCUUAUGGAGUUGCCCUCUUGGUGGGAGCUGCAUCUCCUUGUCUUUGGAGCAAAAUUAUUACGGGUCUUGGGCAUGCCAUCCUUGCUUCAAUCCUCUGGUAUCAAGCCAAAUCCUUGGAUCUCAAGAGCAAAGCUGCCAUAACAUCCUUCUAUAUGUUUAUCUGGAAGUUAUUUUAUGCAGAGUACUUCCUCAUUCCCCUGGUUAAAUGAGAAUGCAGCAGCAUUGUUGACUUGAGAAUUAGUUGUUUAAGUAGAGUCUUAAACAUAUGCGAUGCAUAAUUGUAGAUGGAGAAUGUUGUAAAUUUGCUGAGUUAUGCCUUUUUAAACAAACUCUGCAAUGGCAGGGAAGAGGGCCAGCAUCACUAUUUGAAACCAGACAGACCAUAAAUACAACUGAUCUUUUGAUAAAAUCUAGAUUUUUAAUUCA